UCAACAGGAAGUGGUCUUCCCUGUGGAAUAUGCAUUUCAUCCACAAUUAAACCUGUGUUGUGUGACUCUCUCUUCUUCCCACUGUCUCCAGGACUCUGGGGCCUGGUCAACAAUGCUGGCAUCUCCAUUCCCUCGGGUCCCAAUGAGUGGCUGAACAAACAGGACUUUGUAAAGGUUCUGGACGUGAACCUGUUGGGCGUGAUCGACGUGACUCUGAACAUGCUGCCCUUGGUGAGGAAGGCAAGGGGCCGCGUGGUCAACGUCGCCAGUGUCAUGGGCCGAGUGUCUCUCUUUGGUGGUGGCUACUGCAUUUCCAAGUAUGGUGUAGAGGCCUUCUCGGACUCCCUCAGGAGGGAACUCUCCCACUUUGGGGUGAAGGUGGCAAUUAUAGAGCCUGGAUACUUCCUGACUGGUUUGACCAAUAGUGACAGGCUGUUGGCAAAUGCCAAGAUGACUUGGGACCAGGCCAGCUCCGAAGUCAGAGAGAUUUAUGGCGAGAAUUUCCUGGCAUCCUAUCUGAAACAGCUAGAGUCACUGCAACACCAUUGCAAGGAGGACCUGUCUGCGGUGACGGACUGCAUGGAGCAUGCGCUGACUGCCCGUCACCCUUGCACCCGAUACUCAGCCGGCUGGGAUGCCAAGUUCCUCUACCUCCCCAUGAGCUACCUGCCCACCUCUCUCGUGGAUGCCAUCAUCUACUGGACCUCCUUGAAGCCUGCCAAAGCUCUGUAAUGCCUAUACCUAUGUGCACAAAUUGGGAGAUAUAGGUACAGUGUGAGAGAGGGUAUCCUAAAAAGUUAGAGAAAAAAAAUGAAAUUCCUGUUCAUUUUAUUUUACCAAUAAAGACUCAGGAGGCAGAUACUGGGGUGAAAACUUGCUAGUUUAGAGAGAAAGAGAAACAACCAGCUUACCUUCCCACCAAGAUCACGUCCAGAUGGAAAAAGCACAAAAUGCUCACUAGCUUAGCUGACAGCCCAGGAGGAAAAGGUCAAAAGUCCCAAGGCCAAAGUCUUGCUAGCUGAAAGCCCAAAAUGCCCCAAAAGCCAGAGAGCUAAAGUGUAAGCUAAAAGCAAAGACCUAAAGCCCCUUCUACUUCAACAUGCUGUCUUAAGAGUACCUUCAACUCAAAAUCCCUCCUAUUCCUUAAUCCUGGGCAGCUGUUUUCUUGCUCUGCCUCUUGACCUAGGGUUAACUUUAUUAAAUCCUGUGUACGGAAAGCCCUUGGAAUAAGAGCUAGGGAUGGCUGGACCACAUCAUAAUCACCUGUUUACAAUAAACAGAAAGUUCUUGGAUUAAA